AUGUCUGGCCACGACCCUAGAGCGAGUGAGAAUGAAGUGUUCAUGCGAAGCAUCACUCAUGCUCGGUCGUCGCUGCCUCGGCAGCCUUGGGAACAGCCGGCUAUGCUGUGCAUAUUCGAUCCAUUGAAGGCGGCUUUCCCUCAGGGCUUGAACUUGCCUUAUCAGGGAGUGGUCCCGGCGUCGUCUGUUCCUCAGACGGCAGCACAGCCUUCAGAUUCCGGGAAUCCGGUGACGAGUGGAUCUCAUUGUCAGGCAUGGACUCGUGCAGUCAAGGCAAAAAGAGGGCCUAGGGCCGCGGAUCGUCGUGACGAGGCGUACCGCCGGGUCCUCACAUUACUUCAUGCCUUUUCGAGUUUCUUUGACCUGUGUACUUUGAUGGCGGAUGACGAGGAGGACGGCCCGGAUUCUGUUCAGGCAGUUUUGGCAGGGAAAUCACCGAACACCAUCUUGAAACAUGUGGGUCCGGUUCGUACUUUUUGCGAGUGGCUUUUGAAAGCAAGUCAUACUCCGCCUUUUGCGGAAAAAGUCUUGUGGUCUUUCAUCCAUUGUGUCCUCAAGAUGCCUAAGACCGCGGCCACCACACUGGACAGUAGUCUGCGUGCUAUCAAGUGGAGUUAUUAUACCUUGGGACUACGUGUUCAACUAGAGGUCUUCAGCAGUCCUCGAAUUCAUGGUGUGGUGAAGAAGGCGCUACAGACUAAAAACCCGUGGUGCCCGGCGUCACCCCUCAAGGUGUCCGAAGUUCUCCAGUUGCACGCGAUCUGUUGUGAUCGCGAUAUUUCUGUCAUUGAUAGAUGCGGGGCGGCACAUUUCCUUGCUAUGCUCUACGCGAGGGCGCGAGCAUCGGACAUCCGGUGUGUCAAAAGUAUCUUGAUAGACGUGCGCAACGAAGACUGGAGUUCGGGCUUCAUUGAACUAGGGACGCUUGAACACAAGACGUCUAGGCUGGACACUCAACGACGCCGCAUACUGCCUCUGGUGAUUCCCGGCCAGGGUAUUGCUAAAACGCCUUUUGGUCAACUCCUCCUGGACAUUAGGGCUGAGGCUGGCUUGCCGAACGAUCAGGCUGAUGUCCCAUUCUUGCCGGCACCUCUGCCGGAUGGAUCUUGGUCUUCAGACCCGUUGUCUAGCAGCGAGAUCACCAGGUGGCUGAGGUAUCUACUGCCACGUCCCUCGACGGAGCAGGCCGUCAGUUCGCACUCAUUGAAGGUUACUUCACUUGUUUGGUGUAGCAAAUUCGGGAUGCUUCGCGAGACCAAGCGAGUUCUAGGCCAUCACGCGGAUGCAGCGACUGGCAGUGAUGCAGUUUAUGGGCGUGAGUUGCAGAGCGCAGCACUACGUGGGUACGUUGUCGUACUGGAUGCAGUGGCGACGGGUAAGUUCCUGCCGGACCAGACUCGUUCGGGUCAUUUCUCAUCAGGUUGGACUCGGGAGUCCAUCCUGCAGGCGGCUGCUUUUCCACAGGACUCGGAAGUCCUGCAGACGGCGGUGGAAGAUGACCAAGAUGAGGCUUUGGCUGUGGUUUCUGAUGUUUCAGACUCUGAUGAAGAAGCCCCGGAGGAACAAUCUUUCUGGGCUCAUCCGACUAGCCAGGUCCUGCAUCGCACGACUUUGGGGUACUUAGCCAUGACGAGUUCCGUAGAUUCGGCGCCUUUCUUUGUGCAGCGAGCGGAUGAAAUCUCGCUUGCCAAGCGAGUAGUGGAUGCUUUGAAAGGUAAAGGGGUCACCACUUUGGCCCAGCUGGCCUUUUGUGUCGGACAACCGGGACAGGUGCUAUCUCAGACUGAGUUUGACACGUGGAGCGAGGCCAUGUUGGUAGGCAUCACGGUGGGGGUAGCCGAGCGGAAUGCUCGCAUGGAUCAGCUUCGGACUCAGCUCGCCGGAGUUUCGCUCACUGGACAGCUUGAGCCGAGUCAUGCAUUACUUGACAUGGCCGUUCAGCAGUGGGAGAGUCGCUGCCUGAAGUACAUUGGUCCAGAGAAGUGUCAUAGCCGCGAGGAUGAGGUUCAGAACGUUAAGCCUUUGACCACCAGUCUUUCCUUGGAAGGCGGUAAGCUGAAGGUUACGGAGGCUGCUGGUAUGGAUGAUCGUGACAUUGAGGGCUCUUUGCAGGUCCUUAAUGCCCUGCGCCGCAGAGGAGUGGCUUACGCAUUUGCUCGCUUGAUCAGUUGGGAAAGACAUGAAGCUUAUGUUUCUUCCUUGUUCAGGUAUUUGACCAAGCCCGCUCAGCCUGGUUACAGGAAGGUGUCUCUUCGUCAGAUCUUGCGGGCUGACAAGCUUGCCUUCUCCAAGUUGUCGGAGGCAGGUGAGGAUAUCCGGGCAGAUGCUUCAGGCACUCUCCCGCUUGAUGCCGCGAUCGGGGCUAUCCUUCACGAUUAUGACCUAAUUGUAGCUCUUCUGCUUAUGGGUGAUUUGGAUGGUAAGGGCAAGAAUGCUAAUGGCCGUGGCGGGCGCCCGGGUCCUUACAGCGAGAAUGCGCCCUGGAAGGGGAAGAAUGGCAAAGGUAAAGGCGGUUGGAACUCCAAGGGCUCUGAUAGUUGGACAGGGAAAGGCAAAAACACCUGGCAGGCCAAGGGCAAGUCGCCCAAGGGCAAAGGCUCUGGAGCCGGUAAACCGGAAUGGUUGCCUGAGGGACUUCGCUUCCAGGGAGCAUCUGCAUGGAACAAUAAAGGCAACAAGGUUUGUUACGGUUUCAACCUCGGGACAUGUUCGGAUGCGAACUGCCAGAAGGCGGCUCCGUCGCCCUGCACCGCCGCCUUGGCGUCGGACGUGGAGAUGACACCUUCGGAAGAACCCGUUUCCGGUGCCGUCUCUGUAGCUGAUGUCACGGCAUCGACCUCACCGCCUGUUGGAGUGGGAGUGGACCCUGCUUCAGAGAUGGUAGAUGUCGACGAUUCUCCGAUUUUUGUAGAACCUACAGUUUUGGAUCCCCCUACGAUGCCGAGCGCUUCGUCUGAGCCUUUUGCCUUGGAGCGCACAGAGAGCGAGGGGGCGCUCCCCUCACCUCCCGUGGUAUCGGAGGACUUUUCUCCGGCACCGCCUACUCAGGAGCCGGCCAGAGCCGUUUUGCAGUGCUUUGCAGGUCAAGCUCGUGUGGCUUCGGCCUUGAUUAAGCAGGGCUAUUUUUCCUAUGGAGUGGAUCGAUUCAAGCAGAAGGCGGCCAUGGCCCCAGUGCUUCAGAUGGACUUGUCGACGCGGGAGGCGUGUGACUCUGUCCUAACAUGGCUUGACAACCGGAAGAUCGCGGGUGUUAUGAUAUGUAUUCCUAAACACGCCUCGGAGCCUGUUACUACGGCUUUCGUCCUGGCAGUGAUGGCAGGGUGCUUGAGCAACAACCUGCCCAUGGUUCUUGAGGGUUCGGUGUCUUCCCCCUUUUGGGAGAGUUUCAAUCGUUUACCAUCAGCACAGCACCCUCCGCAUAGGGUGGAGGUGGAUUGGCAGCUUUGGGACUCACAUAGCAAGCAGCGCAGCCUCGUGUGGUCUAAUUUGCCCGAAAUCCUCACUGUGCGCAGGGAGGCGGCACCUAUGGGACGUAAGGUGCAGCAGCGAUCGGAGGCGCAGACAGGUUAUCCGCCGGCUUUUGCCACGGCGAUAGCUGAGGUGUUCAUUGCCGGCCUGACUCAGCGACAGCUGCCAUGCCGCAGCCCGGCCUUAGCUAACAAAUCGCUGCGAGUUUCGGCUAUGAAUCAGCCACGUGGGGCGAUGCCGGAAGUGGUGUCUGAGUGGAAGUUGGUGGUUUAUGUCCUUCUGCCACCGCAGGUUGAGGACCCGUUUGGCGGGUCGAAACGCCUCAAACAGGACUGGCGAGUCCCGCACGGCGCCCGCGUGUUGCCGGAGCUCAAGCUGCUCCCGCAGGAUUCCCAGCUUCUGUCGCGUACUCAGUCAGGGGGGCAAUGGAGCCCGCAACUUCAGCAGGAAAUGCAAAACUUGAAUGGAGCCUCAGUUUUGCGAGUGGGCAUCCCAUGGGAUCCCAUUGAAUUCAUUGCUAAAGCAGGUAAGAUUGGACACCCAUACCAUAAGUUAUCCAAGUGCAACAAGGAUCUCAGAGACCUCGUUCAUGACUUAGUACACAAACCGGGACCGGUUCGUUCUCAGAGGAAGAAUUACAUCGAGAAGUGGGCCAGAAGAGCCAAAGAGUUGGAACCAGAGGAAACCAAGCUGAAAGCUGGCAUGUCGGAUCACAGAAGGAAGAUCCUUCAACCCAAACGUAUUUUGCUAUUUGAAGAGAUGCUGCGAGACAUUGGGUAUGACGAUAUGGGUGUGGUUCAGGAGCUCAUCGACGGAGCCACGCUGACGGGGGACAUUCCUAUCACUGGGGUGCUGGAAAUCGACCAGCUGUUGUGGGAUAAGACGAUGGAAGAGGUACAGAGUGGAUACCUCUCAGGGGAGAAGCUGCGACCAAUUGACAACUACUCAUCGAGUUUGAUUAACGGCAGCUUCUUUGAGGAUCAGCUAUCUUCGUUGUGGGACCUACUUCCACAUGACAGCCCACGUGGACAUCAAACACUUCUGGAUGGUGGAGUCUCAUUCACCACAGGUGCUUUUCAGGCUGGUGGCUUGGUCGGCGUACGCAGCAACGCGCUUCAGAUGCCAUGGGUCACUGCACUGCUUUGUCGUAUUGUGCACUCUGUUCUGCUUGGCGAGGGGGCUGAGGAUUACCACUUCACUUCGCUUACGCUUUCGCGGAAUGUGCAUUCUGGCAUACAUCGAGAUGGCAACAAUCAUCCUUCAUGCAACAACUUGCUUAUACCCUUGAGCCGCUUCUCUGGUGGUGAAUUAUGGUGCUACAAUGCUGCUUCAGGGGAUGUUUGCUAUCCGGGCACUGAUCUGCCAGGGCUGGCUCAUGCGGUGACUCCACCUUUUCUGGAGUUCGACUCACGUGAGCUGCAUGGCACUCUUCACUGGACUGGCGUUCGUGUGAUACUCGCGGUGUUUCAUAUGAAAACUCCGGAAGACUUGAGUGAUGGCGAGAUGCAAUUCCUACGGCAGGUGGGUUUUCAGCCGUUGCUUUCCAGUGAGAUGAGUGAGACCACGUUGCGGACGCUGAGUGUGAAAAAAAGUUUGAUUAACGACACGGUCACAGUUUCUGAAAAGCCUAUCACGCACUCUAUCGAUGAAAUUGCAUUGCUGAUAAAUACGCUUUCGAGUGCUGCCCGAAAGAAGAACCUGAACGCAUUGUACGGGAAAACGGCGGAUCUGAAGGGAGCUUACAGACAAUUGGCGGUAUCUGAUACAAGCUUAGAUUUUUCUUACCUCUCGGUCUACGACCCGGCAGAGGAGAAGCCCAAGUUGUUCCAACAACUAGCUGUGCCCUUCGGCUCAACCAAGGCCGUGUAUUUUUUCCUCAGAGUGGCGAGAGCUCUUUGGACUAUCUUGGUCAAAGGGGCCAGAAUCCCGACCACGAAUUAUUUCGACGAUUUUGUUCUGCUCGCUCUUGGAGGAGAUAGGAGUUCGUGUUCGCAUGCUUUCGAUGAAGUUAUGAGGCUGCUAGGUUGGAAGCUGUCAGCUGAUAAGACGACAGAGUGGGGCACCAGCUUCGAGGCCCUUGGCGUCCUUUUCGAGCUUGACCAGACAGGGUCGGGAGUUCUGAAGGUCAGGAACACUGAGAAACGACGAAAGGAACUUACUGCUGCGAUCAAAGGUUUCCUGGACAAGGGAACCAUGACUCAGAAGGAAGCGCUACAACUGCGGGGUAGGCUGCAGUUUGCUCAAGCCCAGUUUUUCGGUAGGCUGGGAAGAAGGUGCCUUACGGAGGUGACAAAGCAUGCCUACACUGGCAGGUCGAAGCUUUCGUCGAUGGCCAAGGAACGACUUGAAGAGUUUGGUAAGAACUGGAGGCCUGGGGGCGUCCUUCUCACCGGGUCAGGCUCGGCACUCUCUUUCUUCAGCGUGCCGAUCUCAGAGCAGCAAGCCAAGUCUAUGUCGUUGCAAGAUGAGCAUACCAUCAUAUAUGAGCUCGAAAUGUUCGGGGUCUUGAUCGGUCUCAAGCUCUUGGUCGAAAAGACAGCUGCUUUCGCAGAAUCAUACGAACAGCCAGGUGCUGUUCGCACCUGGCUGUUGCCGGCUCUUCGAAGAAAGGGGUUGCUGGGAUUCUUAUCGAUGAAGUCAAUUUCCUGGAGUAUGUCCACGGCAUCUUGCCGUGGUAUGCGAGAGUGGCAUCACCCGCCAAUCUGGCUGAUGAACCAUCGAGGAUGA